AUGGCUUCUCUCAAAGGCAAGGUGGCGAUUGUUACCGGCGGCACGAGAGGUAUUGGUCGUGGAAUUGCCACUGAACUCGCGCGACGUGGUGCUUCUGUGCUCAUCACUUACAACGCGGCAUCCUCCGCGACACUUGCCGACGAAUUCAUCGCCCAAGUCCGUACCUUUGGUGGCGAAGCUGCGGCCGUUCAGGCAGACUGCAGAUCCCUUACAGCUCCAACAUUGAUUGUUGACACAGCUCGGAAGGCCUUUGACAACAAUGACGGGAUUGAUAUCAUUAUCAAUAAUGCCGGCAUUAGCGAGGAAUACUACUUGGAAGAGAUCGGGUAUGACCACUUUGAUAAGGUUAUGCAAACAAACGUUCGAUUUCCCAUCUUUCUUGUCAAGGAAUGUCUGCCAUAUCUAAGGAAGGGCGGAAGAAUUGUCAACAUGAGCAGUGUUUGUGGCAGGGAAGCUUGGAAAAUGCAUACCGUAUACGGUGCCUCGAAAGCGUGUCUUGAGAAUAUCACCAAGACAUGGGCCCUCGAGCUUGGACACAAGUAUAAUGUUACUGUGAAUUGUGUGAAUCCAGGACCUGUUGGGACAGAAAUGUGGCAUGCUAUGCCCCCCGAAUCGAUGGAAGAGUGCCAACAAUAUGUGAACCAGACCCCUGCCGCACCACGUGUUGGUGCGGUCGAAGAUAUCGCUCAAAUCGUCGCAUUCCUGUGCGAGGAUGCUGCUCGGUGGAUUACGGGCUCGACUACGUGCGCUAAUGGGGGGGCAGUGAUGGUAUAG